AAACACGAAGAAACAAAUGGAGUCAUUGUUUUAUCCAUUACUUCAGAUGGAUAAAAUGAAGGCAGCACGUGAAAGUGAGAGUGUGAAAACAAAAGACUGCUUGAGGAUUGUGCUUGUUGGAAAAACUGGAAGUGGGAAGAGUGCUACAGGAAACACCAUACUCAACCGAAAAGUAUUUAAAUCUAAAGCCAGUUCAAAAUCAGUCACAUCCUCAUGUCAGAAGGAAGAGGGGAUUGUUAAUGGAAGACCAGUCACUGUUGUUGAUACUCCAGGCUUGUUUGACACACAGGUCUCAAAUGAUGAGGUAAAGGAGGAGAUACUGAAGUGCAUCAGUCUUCUUUCUCCAGGACCUCAUGUGUUUCUGCUCAUUCUUACAAUUGGAAGAUUCACAACAGAAGAAAGAGAAACUCUGAACCUAAUCAAGGAGACAUUUGGAAAAAAUGCUGGGAUGUUUAGCAUGAUAAUAUUUACCCAUGGUAAAAAUCUGGAGGACCAGACGAUUGAAAGUUACCUGGAGGAUGGAGAUCCACACCUGAUGAAGUUGAUUCGAGAUUGUGGGGAAAGGUAUUAUGUGUUUGAAAAUACAAAACAAGAUAAUACUAAACAAGUCAUUGACCUACUGGAAAAAAUCAACAGAAUGGUUGAGAAAAAUGGAGGAGGCUGUUACACCAAUGAGAUGUUUGAAGAAGCAGAAGCUGCCAUUAAACAAGAAAUGGAAAAAAUUCUACAGCAGAAGAAAGAGGAGAUGGAAAGAGAGAACAAAUAUCUACUUGAUAAACAUAAAAAAGAGAUGGCAGAGAUGAAGAGAAAAAUUGAGGAAGAGAGAGAGCUAAUGGAGAGAGAGAGGAAAUUAAGAGAAGAGGAACUUAGAAUAAAGGAAGAAUUUUUGCAGAAUGAAAUCAAAAAUAGAGAUGAACAAGAGAAGAGAGAAAGGAAAGAUAGAGAAGCAGCUAAAGAACAGAGAAGAAUUGAAGAAGAGAGACAACAAAAAGAAUGGGAAAGAAAAUUGAAAGAUAUUGAGAACAAUAAAGCCGAGCUACAGAGAGAGCUGCAAAAGAAAGAGCAAGAUGAGAGAGCAAGAUAUGAGAGAGAGAAGACAGAAAUGGAAGAACGUCAUCAUGAGAGACUUAAGAGAGAAAAAGAGCAAGAGGAACAUCAUGAGAAACUGACCAAAGAACGAAGUGAAUGGGAUCAGAAACAAAAGAAAAUGAUUGAAGAAUUCGAUCAGGAAAAAAAGCAAAGAGAGGCAGCAGAGAAGCAAAGGAUUGCGGAUGAGCGCAAAGAAAAAGAAAAACUAGAGAAAGAGUUUGAGAAGAGUAAAGAGGAGAUGAGAAAACAAAGAGAAGAAAGGGAGAAAUCACAAAAAGAGGAGUGGGAUAAAAGAGUGAGAGAGGAGGAGAAGAGGAGAGAACAGGAAAGAGAGAAACUGAAGACACUUUAGGAGGCAUUUGAACGAGAACGUAGAGAGGAGGAAAACAAGAGAAAGGCAGAAGAUCGAAAUAGAAAAGAACAAGAGGAUCAAGAACGACAAAAGAUGGAGAAAGAGUGUGAGAGGAAAUUAAAAGAGAUGAAGGGGAAGUAUGAGAAUGAGGCCAGGAAACAAGCUGAAGAAUUCAAUGAAUUCAAAAAUAAAUAUAAAACAGAUUUUCAUGAUCUUAUGUUAAAGCAUGCUCAAGAGAUUGAUGAGGUAAAGAAAGAGCAUACCAAAAAAAGCGUUGAGGAUGAGAAAAAGUACAGCGCUUUGACUGACCUCUCAAAGAAGAAAGAGACAGAUCUGAAUGAAAAAAUAAAACAAAUGGAAGAGAAACAUCAAAAAGAGACUGAUGAACUGAAGAAGAAAUAUGAUGAAAAAUGUGUGUUAUGCUAGUAUAAAAAGGGGGUAUUUUACACUAUAGGUCAGUGUUCUUCAACCCUGGUUCUCAAGGACCCCUUCCAGAAAGUUUUAGAUGUUUCCGUAUUUAAAACACCUAAACCAACACAUCAGCCUUAUAGAACACUGCUUAUAGGGUAUUGAAUUUUAAAAACGCAUUUUUUAAGUGUCUUCAAAUAGUUCACUUUAUUACAGCAUUAUGUGUAUAGUACAUGAUCUCAUCUUAUUCCAGAACAAUGUUUUUCUCAUAGUCAAUAACAAUUUGAACUAAUUUUAAGACAUAGGCAUAUUUUGAAAUCAACUUAGUCUAUUUGCAUUUUAAAUAGUUUGAUGUAAAUCAGUGCAUUAAUAUUAAA